AAUUCACACGUCAAUUUAUCAACAAAUUGUUUCAUUCCUUUUUGCGUAAAAAAAAGCUGAUUCAAGCCUAUGUGUUGCUAGCUUACUGAAGUAACUGAACUGAUUCUAAUUGUUUUGGCUGCAAAUAGGCGCUUGCUUCAUCAAAUUUGGUAUGGUCUGAUUGGAUUAGUUACGGAAGUCAAUACUUGUCAAUAAGUAGUAGGAAACUGACCUAUUUGGAAAAAGGCUAAAUUUUUAUGGAUUCUGGCAUGGUUUUAUUGAAUUAGUUUUAAGGAAAUUAACAGUAAAUAAGUAGCAAAAAGAAUAAGGUGGCCACUUGCAUAUUUAUGGAUGUUAGUUGACUGGAUGUUACUUUGCUUCUUUAAUGUCUAUGGGUAUUCGUGUAUGUACUUUUCUGCGGUGAGCUUCAAUUUGUAAAUAUGUGUUAAUUGAAACUGGGUUUGAAAAUUGGUGAGAAGGUAGGAUUGGUGUUAGUUGGAUGAGGGGUAUCGAUGACAGGAUGUUUUCUCCUACAGUUUCUUGACUGAUUACGGUGAGAAAGGGUGAAGAAGGCUUCACAUGGAGUUUUUUUAGAGUGUACUGACUAUCCCAAUCUCCAACUACUUUUUUGGUAUGCACAAAAAUUUGCUUCAUUCUUUUGAUUCUUGUGUGGGCAUUAAUUUGUAGAAAUGGCGAAAGAAAAUGUUUCUUGUUAAUCUAAAUGAACAUGAUGGAAAGAUGUCAUCUAGCAACAAAUAUCUUUUGUCCAAUAAUGUCUGGUUCUGCUCUCUUUACUCUAAUAGGAUAGUUCUUUUAGAUGUAAGGAUACUUUAUUUCAUUUAUUCGGAUCUUGAUUCAUGUAUUGCCGGCAGCAGACCAUGUUAACAACUGAUUGCUUCUUGCCUCUGGAUACCAAGAUCUUGAUUCGUUGAUGCAGGAAUUCUUCGUUAUCCGUCUCCUUUUGCACCUAUGGCUCGACCAGCAUAUCCUACACGUCCACUGGCUGCAGGUGGCGUCAUCCCCCCACUGCCUCGUCCUCCUGUUGCUGGUCCUCGAGCUCCAAUCAUUCCUGCUGUUGUUCGGCCGGCUGUUGUCCCAAGUGUUGCAUCCACAGAGAAGCAAACAACUCUUUAUGUGGGCAAGAUAGCUUCAACAGUGGAAAACGACUUCAUUCUUUCUCUGUUGGAAUUAUGUGGGCCUGUGAAGAGUUGGAGACGUCCUCAAAAUCCUACGGAUGGAACUUUUAAAGGUUUUGGAUUCUGUGAAUUUGAGUCUGCUGAAGGGGUUCUUCGUGCAAUUCGGCUUCUCAGUAAAUUAAACAUUGAUGGACAGGAGUUGAUGUUAAACUAUAAUCAAGCAACUCGGGAUUAUCUAGACGAUUUUGUUCGAAAAAAACGAGAAAGCUUGAAGAAUGUCAAUGAAACUGAAACCGAAAGUAGUACCGAGAGCACAAAGAGAGGUGGAGUUUUAUCUGCUGAUAAACAGAAAGAUGCGUCAAAGCCCUCUUUGGAAUCACCAAAGUCUGCUACAGGAGAUUCAGAAAAAGAUGACAAUAACACAAAGAAUGAUGAGAAUAGGGAUGCUUCCAGCUUUGGCCUUGUAACUGAUGAAGAUAGAAAAGGUGAUCAAGAGGCUUUGGAGAAGCUCACGGGCCUGAUAGAGGAGAGGUUGAAAAGCAGACCUUUACCUCCACCGCCUCCUCAGAUUGCUGCUGAUGGUUCAUCUAACUCCAACUUGGAAGGUUCUGCUAGAUCAAAGGAUGGAGAAAUGGAUGCAGAUACUACAAAAGCUGAUGCUGUUGAAGACAAAUACGAAAAUGAGAUGCCCAGUGAAAGCAAACCAUCAGGAGAGCAGGAUAGAUCUGAAACAAGUUCACCGCCACCGGAUCGUGAAAGAAGGCAUGAUAGGAGAAGCAGAGACCGUGACCGAGAACUCAAGCGAGAAAAGGAGAAAGAACUAGAAAGGUAUGAGAGAGAACGUGAACAAGAACGAGCUAAGCGAGAGAAGGAGAGAGAAUAUAGAAUACGGGAUGAUGAGCGUAGGUUUAAGGCACGUGAAAAAGAGUGGGAAGCUAGAGAAAAAGAGCGAGAACACUGGCGGAAGAGAGAAAGAGAGAGGGAGAAGAACAGGGCACAGGAGCGCAAAUCAGAGAUAGCAAAUCAAGAGCGUGAAAGAGAUGAUGGUUAUAGCAAGAAGAGGAAGUAUAGGGAUAGUGAGGAGGAAAGGAGGAGGAGACAAAGGGAAAAGGAAGAAGACAUGGCUGAUAGAUUGAAAGAAGAAGAAGAGGUUGCUGAGGCCAAGAGGAUGGCUGAGGAAGAGUGGAAGAAGAAAGAACAGGAGGAGGAAUUAAGGCUUUUAUCUGGCAAUGGACGUGAUGGAAGUGUUUUACCUGAAGAAAACAAUUGUGGAAGCAAGGAUAAGGCCAUUGAAGGGACUUCUGAUGAUGAUUUAGUUGUGAAUAAUGGUAUUGUGUUAGGUGAUGGGACUGUGCAAAAUGGUAUUGCUGAUCUGUCAUUGAUGGCUUCUCUUUCUACAAAUGAUGCACGGCAAAAUAGCAAUGCUCCAUCUAGAAAAUUGGGCUUUGGUCUGCAAGGAUCGGGGAAAAGAACCACUGUUCCUUCUGUAUUUGACCAAGAUGAGGAUGAGGACAUGCACAAGGAAAAGAAGAUGAGACCUCUAGUUCCAAUUGAUUACUCAACAGAGGAACAGCUGGCUAUCCACUCAUUAGUUUCUGAAGCACCACCACCUUCUAAUUUGGCAGUGGCAACAGAGUCUGGAAGACGCAUAUCAAAUAAUAAUUCUAAGGAUGAGAAGCCUGAUUUGGAAAAGGAAAAAUGUAGGAGGUCUCAUGAUAGAUCAAGCCAGAGGGAUAGGGACAGAAAUGGCGAUGAUUUUACACGCACCAGAGAAGAAAGUAGGAAAGAGAGUUUGGACCGGGACAGGGUACGAGAACCUGGACUUGAUAAAGUGAAGGCCCCAGAUAAUCAGAAGCUCUUGGAUGCCAAACAGUUGAUUGAUAUGAUUCCAAAGACCAAAGAUGAGUUAUUUUCGUAUGGGAUAAACUGGGCAACUUAUGAUAAGAAUGCGUUGCAUGAGAGAAUGAAACCUUGGAUCUCUAAGAAGAUUACAGAAUUUCUGGGAGAGGAAGAGCCCUCAUUGGUAGAGUACAUAAUGUCCAGCACCAGGGAACAUGUAGAGGCAACUGAGAUGUUGAAUAGGCUCCAGGCUAUAUUAGAUGAGGAAGCUGAAAUGUUUGUGCUGAAGAUGUGGAGGAUGCUAAUAUUCGAGAUUAAGAGAGUAGAAACGGGUCUGGCUUUGCGGUCUAGGACAUGAUUUAGGAUGGGCUAAAGCACGUGUUGUUAAUCUUGAGGAUGGUCCCUUCUGCCAGACUGACUUUGUUUAGCGUUAUAUUCUCGAAGUCCAUCUUGCACUACUAGCAGGCAGAUGGUAUUCUACAUCGAUAUCUAUAUGCUACUUGCUAAGAUAAAAGGGCGGGAUGUCAAGCCGACGCUCGUUGCCAGUAUCUUCGUAACCUCUUUGUUAAAUGCAUUCACAAUUUUUCCAUGUUUGUUUAGCCGCUGCUAUGCCUUCGUCGUUAAAUGUAAUUCACAUUUACCCCAUAUUUGUUUAUUUUCUACUAUGGAAGCUUCUCCUAAAGCAAGGCUAUAAUGUACUUUUACCGGUUAGUCUAUGGUUUGCUUCUUCACAGAAUUAGCUGAAGCA